AUGAACGGUGAUGUGCAGCAUACAAGUCCACCGCGUCUUGGAAUCCCAAUAAGCGAUGAUUCAUCAGAUGAUGAAGCGAGCCAAAUUCGAGCGCUUGAUGAAGAGCAGGGAAUUUACCACCACGAGGAAGUCGUUGCUCCGCCGAAAUACGAAAGCGACGAGGAUAUAUCGAUUCGAAGUCACGAGGAUCAAUCCGCCUCCAACACGGCUUUAGGAAUGGAGCGCAGACAAUCGGUUCGAUUUGCCGUACCAUAUGAUGAAAAAGAUGAUGGAGAAAACAAGCACUUUCGCUCACCAUCGCCUGAUAGUCUAAUGUAUAUUCAGGCUCUUGAGAAUCCAAUGGCUUCGCGUGAUGAUGAUGAAAAGUCGGUGGAAGAUUAUGAAGAGCUCGUCGCAAAAACAGCUAGCGGCCAUCCGGAUACUGAUCCACCGGCAUAUUCAACCACUGCUGAACUUCCGCCGCAACCUCAUCCAAAACCACUUCCAACUCCUGAAAAAAAGCGAGGGCUCAACGAGAUUUUGUUGUCAAAAGUGACGCAGCCAUUCGCGAACAUGAUGCGGCGGACCAGCAAACCGGAAGAAUCGAGUACGGAAGAUGAAGAAGAUGACACAGAAUCACGAAUUUCCGAUUCUUCAGACGAAGAGUUUUCCGAAGAGGAAAUUCAAGUGCUCACGUAUAUCGAUGCUUAUAAGCCAGCGGAUAUCGAGAUUAAGACGCAACUUCGUCCAUUCAUCAUCGACUAUAUUCCCGCGAUUGGCGAGGUCGACACAUUUAUUAAAAUUCCGAGGCCAGAUGAUGUUGACGAUAAUGCGGGAUUAAUUCAGCUCGAUGAGCCGGCGACGCAGCAGAGCGACCCCGUCAUUAUUGCAAUGCAGCUUAAGUACGCUUCAAAAGAGUAUACUGCUCCAGAAGACAUGCCAGUAAAAACACUCAGUCGCGCUGACAGAAACCCAAAUCAGAUUACAAGUUGGAUUGCGAAUAUUAAGGAGCUCCAUAAGACACGGCCCGCUCAAACGGUUCAUUACAAGCAAAUUAUGCCUGACAUUGAUACACUAAUGCAAGAAUGGCCACCACAGAUGGUGGAAUUGUUGGAGAAAGUUAAGCUGCCGUCAGCGGACUUGGAUGUUCCAUUAGACGGUUAUGUCGACAUAAUUCUCAAUUUGUUCGAUAUACCAACCGGCAAAAACCGAAUCCAAUCAUUGCACCUGCUCUUUUCGCUUCUUAACGAGUUCAAUUCGUCGCAACAUUUUCGCAAUUUGGCGCAAAAUAAUAUGCGAAAUGGUGAAACUGGAGAAAAUAUGGAUAGACUCGAACUCUAA